AUGACGAACAGCGGCGAAAUAAAGAUCGUCUUUGGGGCCAUGGCAUUUGGAAAGCCAAAUACUCUUGGUUCUCGUGUCCAUGAUACAACUACGGCCACCGACAUUCUCGAUCUCUUUCAGCGUCAUGGCCACAGCGAGGUCGACACAGCCAGAAUUUAUGGCGGCGGGUCCUCUGAGGAAAUGCUCGCUGACCUCGGGUGGGAAGACCGUGGCCUCAUCGUCCAUACCAAACUAUACCCCAAUGCUGGAGGCCCAGCCGCCUUCGCUGAGGGAUACACGCACAAGCCCCAGGAUAUUCGUCGGGGGUUGACGAAUAGCUUGAACGCGCUACAGACAGAAAACGUCGACAUUUUCUAUCUUCAUGCUCCGGACCGGAAUACCCCUUUUGAAGAUACCCUGCGCGAAGUCAAUCAAAUGUACCAGGAAGGCUGUUUCUCUCGCCUCGGCCUGAGCAACUAUAUGGCUUGGGAGGUGGCCCAGAUAUGUGAGAUCUGCAAGAAGAACGACUGGGUCAUGCCAACGGUCUACCAGGGGGUCUACCAUGCUCUCCAGCGCAGUAUCGAGGGCGAACUAAUUCCUUGCCUACGCAAAUACGGAAUAUCUCUAUACGCCUUCCAGCCUCUUGCCGGCGGACUUCUUACUGGGAGGUACACAAGGGAUCAGACCGAAUUCGAGGAAGGAUCCCGCUUCGAUCCCAAAGUCCUCGCCGGAAAGGUUGCUCGAAAUCGCUAUUGGAACGACGCCUAUUUCGACGCACUCGACACCAUCCGCUCAACUGCCACAAAGCAUGGCUUGACUGAUGCUGAGAUUGCAUUGCGAUGGUUGAAGCAUCACUUGAAGCUGGAUCAAAAUUUGGGCGAUGCUAUCAUUGUGGGUGCAAGCCGAGUCAGCCAUCUUGAGUCUAAUUUGUUGGAUUUGGAGAAAGGUUCGCUACCGGAUGAUACUAUUGAGGCUGUGGAAGAGGCUUGGUCUUUAGUGAAAGGUGUUGCGCCUAACUACUGGCAUUGA